GGACUAGUAAUGGGGCGGCAUCCUGAGCUGUGUCCCUUCCUGCUGCUCCACUGACGUUUGUAAGGAAGAGGAAAAUGCCUGAUCCUGCAAAAUCUGCCCCUGCGCCCAAGAAGGGCUCCAAAAAGGCCGUGACCAAAACCCAGAAAAAAGGAGACAAAAAGCGCCGCAAGAGUAGGAAAGAGAGCUAUGCCAUUUACGUAUACAAGGUGCUGAAGCAAGUGCACCCAGACACGGGGAUCUCCUCCAAGGCCAUGGGCAUCAUGAACUCGUUCGUCAACGACAUCUUCGAGCGUAUAGCCGGGGAAGCGUCGCGGCUGGCGCACUACAACAAGCGCUCCACCAUCACCUCCAGGGAGAUCCAGACCGCCGUCCGCCUCCUGCUGCCCGGAGAGCUGGCCAAGCACGCCGUGUCCGAGGGUACCAAGGCCGUGACCAAGUACACCAGCUCCAAAUAGAGGCGGAGAGAAGCUCGAUACGAAGGGGACAGCAGUCACCAAAUCGCCACCACAAUGAUCUUUAACCCCCCCCCCCCGCACUAUGUCGGAAAACUGCGUUUGUGAUUUUGCACCAUUGCCGUUUUCAAAGAGAACGCAUGCCAGUUGAACCCGGGCCUUACGCUGAAUGUCUUGAGAGAUGGGCUAAUGGAACUGUAGCCUGCCAUUUUGUUUUAAAUCAGUCUUUCGAUUUUUUUCUGAGCUGUGUAACGUUUUUAACAAAUCAGUGAAUAAAUUCAGAACGAAUGUAAGUCGGUGCUCUUAAA